AUGCCGCCACCACAACACCUCCUGGCUUCCAAAAUUCGAGGACAUGUGUGCCGGCUAUGCUUAUCUAAACUGCAGGCCCCCAAGCGGCAAAGUUUGCAAUGGAAUCUAAGGAAUAUCAACACGAAUGCCGGGCCCAGGAGGCCAAAGGAGGCCGAGGGAACGCUGAAGUCCCCAGCCAGAGAGUCUCAGGAUCCGGCAGCCGAAUCUUUAGCAGAAGCAGAAGAUCUCGAGGAUCUUCAAAUCUUUGAGACAAUGGAGGAUGUCAUUCGAGAAAGGCGGAGGGACGCAGAACAUGGACCUUCCAGACCGGGCGGGGUACCGAGAGGUGCAGUCAGAUAUUUCGAAGAAACGCCAGAUGGGGUCCGGACUGAAAUCGAAGAUCCGCUGGAUGAUGAGGCGACACUGGAGGCCCUCGAGAAGGAAAUCCUGGAGGAUAUGACAGGUGAUGUGGAAGGCUUCUUUGAGAGCUUGCAUGCUCAGAGGGCCGCGCGUGCUAAGAGCGCCGAGUACCCAAAGCUAGAGGAUGAUAUUAGGAAAGAGUUUGCGAACCCGAACGAUUUGGACCUGCCCAAAGUGUUUGAGGCAGAACGUCCUCUAAAUCCAGCUACAGAUACCCCUUCCACCUCUCCGACCUCCGCCCAACACUUCUCGGCUACAAACAUCCCUGAAUUCUCGCCGGAGCCAGAACUCACGAGUGUCAGCACCUUGAAAAACGGAACACCUCAGCUCCCUCUCAGCCUUUUCCCGGAAGACGAUCAAUUCUGGAUUAGCGAGUUGAAUAAUGCUCUGAAAGCACCUGUCUCCUCGAACAGGGGACGCCGGGGCAAACGAGUAGGGCGAUCGUUCUCACAACAUGAAGAACUGUCCAGAUACUUGCAAAGGGUGUGGAGGGCGUUUUCAAUGUCUCGAACUGCAAUCACGGCUCCUGGAAACUUGGCUCCCGAUGACAUGAGAUUGGUUCUGAAUUCACUCUGGGGCAUUUUCCAUGCCGAAGGUGUUCACAAUUUGAACCGUAUGGCGCGAAUCAAAAGUCUAGGUGAUGAUAUGGUUAAAGCAGGUAUAACUCUGGACCCGGCUCAAUAUUUGCUCUACAUGGAGGCAAUCUUCAUCGAAGACAGCCAAGAUCGCGCUAUCAAGAUGUGGGAAGAUGUUGCAACGGAAGUUUAUACUCCGAAAGAUUCAACGUCGUACUGGGAGCUGGGUACCCGAAUGCUUGCCUUGAAUGGACAGCCCGAGAGAGCAAUUGAAGCAGCGAGAUCUUACGUAGAUAAAAAUACCGACCCAACUUCCUUCCGAAUCGUACUUCCAGUAAUCCAGGCGUACCUUAAAUCGCGCACUGCAAUGUCAGUGAAACGCGCCUGGGCGCUGUAUAUCCGGCUGAGGGUGAGCCUUGGCUCUCGCAUGACAAUGGACGACUAUGAUGGAGUCAUACUUCCGCUUUUGGCUACGGACCAGGCCGACCUGGCACUUGGAGUAUUCAAAGAUAUGAUGCUUGCAGGCCAGGACUCUGCGCCAAACGAAGAUUCCACCAUGCUGUACGAAGCUGCAACAACUGGACCAAAGGACUUGUCAUCACUGUCUAUUACCCUCGAAGAGCUAGAGUGGGAAGACGCACAAUCUUUGAGCAGACUUCCCCCUCGAUGGAACAACAAAUUCUUCUUUGGAAAAUGGAUCAGGAAGCUCAUCAGUGAAAAGGAGCUCGUAGCAGCCGAGCAAGUUUUCAAAUUGAUGGGUAUUCGUGGGAUCGAGCCUAGUCCUAUACAGCUGAACGGUCUCAUCGGUGCUUGGUACCGUGAUGGGAAAGCACAUUCCAGAGCAAUGGCUGAUGAGAUGGCGUGGAGGAUGAUCAGAGCCAGAAACAAGUUCGUACAUCUGCGAACCGAAAACAAACUAGAGUCUCAUAUUCGAAUGAUUCCAACAAAAGAUAAGCCUUCCAACAGAAACAUUAUCCUUACGCCGCCAGCUACAAUCGAAACUUUCUGUGUUCUCAUCGAGCAAUACAGGCGGCGUCAAAAUCCCGCCAGCAUGUCCGAUCUUAUGAAAGCUUUUCGUAUGUCAGCCAUACCGCCCAAUACGGCAUUUUUGAAUCAACUUCUGUUAUCCAACAUGAGAGCGCAUGACCAUAAAUCGGCGGUUGAGACAUACCAGGCUGCGAUAGAAAAAUACCACAUUCCUGCUGAUUCAAACACGUACGAACUUCUCUGGAAUCUGUUGAAAAGGGAAGUCGAUCCCAUUAGAGCUUUCAGCAAACCUGGCCCGAGCGAGCGCUUCCAAAAGUGCCGGGGGCUCUUUGCGGAUAUGUUGGCCAACUUCCCCACGGAUUCGGACGCAAAAUUUCCUCGGGCGCUUUACAAAUUGAUAAUCCAAAGCUUUAGUCUCGCCCAGGAUCGACCGGGAACUGCUGUGGCUAUGCGUGCAUUAGCAAUGCGUUUUGCAAUCUAUCCGGAACCGGAAACAGCCAGGGCUGUUGUGCUUCAGCUUGCCCGCCUGGGCCUCGUUGAUGAAGCUGGACGUGAGCCGCGUCGUUUGGAUUUGGACUCUUCUAUCUCACGAAGGAGGAUAGCCGAAGUGACCAAGAUCUUGCAGGGAUUUAAAGAUCGGCGAGUUGAGGCAUUACGGCAACGAGGGAUCGAAUUUGACCAGCUGGAAGGCAAGGCAAGAUUGGAGGAGCCGAUGAUGCUACUUUCUGAUCUGUUGAAAUUCGUAGACCAACGAGUGGUAGACGGGAAUGGAUCUGCUGCUGAACGGUCUAUGGAGGCGGCAAAGGCUAUGGGCGUGCCUGGAUGUGUGGUAUGGUAG